GUCGACCAUAUCUAGAAUAUGGAACGACUUUAAGUUUAGGGUUUUCUUAAGGGCCAAUUAACUGAUUAAGGGAAAAUUUUAAAGCAAAUUGAUUCCAUUAAACAAAGAACAAAGAACAAAGAACGAAGAACAAAAGAAAGGAGUGUUGCUUUCAAACAAAUUGCAGGUUAUUGUCAGAUUCUCUUGUCUAACGAAGUGCGAAAGAUUCGUGGUAGACACCAACAGUGAGAUUCCGUUGAUUGUGCAGUGCAGGACAUCAACUUUAUUAGAACAGCCAAAUGGAAGAAUUUUAUGAGGUUUUGGUAAUUAAUCAUGGGGGUAUGUUCACUUAUGGCCCACCAUUACAGUAUGUCAAUGGGGGUCUCAAUUAUUAAGCCUGUGGAUGUGGACAGACUAAAUGCAUGUGAAAUGGCUAAUUAUGUUGUUUCUUUGGGAUAUGAAGAAGUUAUGAUAAAAAACAUAUUGUUCAAAUCACCAUUAGCUGAUAUGGAUUGCCUGAAAUCAUUGGCUAGGGAUGAUAGUAUUCUUGCUAUUCUUAGAAUUUUGAAGAAUGAAGGUGAGGUUCAUUUGUAUGUUGAUCAUGAGGUCAAUUUUGCUGAUGUAAUUGACCUUGUUUUGUUUAUUAGUUGGAAAGAUGCCAUUGAAAAUGAGGGUGGUGGGGUUGGUGUUGAUAGAAAUAAUACUGAGAGACAACUUGAAGUUGACAAGGGCAAUGUCACAAUAGAAAGGCAGGGUCUCCAUGAGGACAAUUUUAACAAUUCACAUAAGGAGUUUGAUUCAGAAUAUGAAUCUUUGAGUGAUGAAGAUUUGGGUAGUCUAGUUGGCACUGAUGAUGAGGAAUAUUUGACACAUUUACAUAAAGCAAGAGCUUUAAGGAAGAAGAGGAAGGCUAGACCAACAGUAGCAACUUCAUCAACUUCAACAAGAUCAACAGUAGCAACUUCCUCAACUCCAACAAGAUCUACUCCAACAAGGGUGAAACAUGUUGCAAGAAAACCUACUCCAACAAAAGCAAGAGGUGUUGCUAGAAAGUUAACAACAACAUCUGUUGAGCCAAGGAAAAUUCCAUUAGAGCAACUAUCUGCCAAGGAGAGAGCAGAGUAUGAGAAAAAAGUUGUUGUUAUUAGAAGAUAUAAGACACUAAACAUUGAGCAAAGUGAUGCAGACUUGCCAGGAAGGUCAAUCUCCGGAGAUCCAAUCACUUCUUCUCAACAAUUACCUGUUAAUAAUGAAGAAUCUUCUGAUGAUGAAAGUGAUGAGAGAGUUAGCCAUUAUGAAGACAGUAAUGAUCCUGGCAACUUGUGGACAAAUUCAAGUGAUGUUGAUGAAGAUGAAUAUCAUGUCUGCAUUGAUUCAAAAGGGGAUGAACGUACAGAUGUAUACUACAACCCAUCAUGGGCAAAGCAAAUUGUGAUCAAGGAACUAGAGGGCAAUUUCAUUGAGGAGUAUGGUAAUGUUGUGGGGUAUGCAAGGUAUUUGGAAUCUGUUAAUCCAAGAAAUAAAGUUAGAGUGAUUGCUGACAGGCCUAGAAUUGGUGGACCUUUGAUGUUUCAAGGUAUGUAUGUUUGCCUGAAAGUGUUGAGAGAUGGGUGGAAGAAUGGUUGUAGACCAUUAAUUGGGGUUGAUGGGUGCUUUUUGAAGGGUGUUUGUGAAAGGGUAUUGUUAUCAACUGUUGGAAGAAAUGGAAAUGAGCAGAUGCAUUCCAUUGCCUGGGCUGUGGUUGAGUCAAAGAGUGGCAACUCUUGGAAAUGGUUCUUUGAGAAUCUAAGGGUGAAUUUGGACUUAGGUGAAGGACACAAUCUCUGCAUUGUUUUAGACCAGGGCAUGGGCCUUCUUAGUGCAAGACAAGAGGUUUUCCCAUUUGCAUCUCAUAGAUAUUGUAAUAUGGUCAUGGACAAGCUUAAAGAUAAGAAGUUGAGCAUGAGCAAUUGGAAUAGUAACAUUGCUCCUAGAAUUUUGCAAAGAAUUGAAGAAAUAAGGCAGAAUGCUUUUGAAUGCCAUGUGCAGUGGGAUGCUGAACAUGCUUUCCAGCCACCUAUGAUGAAAAGAAGGCCGAGCAGGCCUAGGAACAAAAGAAGGAAGCCAAAAUGUGGUGAACCACAGAAAUUUAAGAAAGGUAAGCUUAUUGUUUUAUCAAGACAUGGGAGAAAAAUGCAUUGCAAGUUAUGUGGUAAUGAAGGACAUAACAAAAGGGGAUGCCCUUUUAAGGAUAGAGAGGUUGUUGAUGGUAGCAGUCAAGCCAUUGUUGGUAGUCAAGCCUUUGUUGCUAGUCAAGUCCCUGUUGUUACUCAGGCCUCUGUUGCACCUUCACCAAAUCCAGCUUCUGUUGCUGCUACUGGAAGGAAGAGGAAGAACAAUCCAAGCAAUCAAAGCAAAAGGCAAACCAAAAGAAGUAAAUAUGUUGCCCUUGGCCAGUCAUUAGAUAAAGGGAAGCAAAAGGCAUGAUAAGAAAUGAAGGAUGAAGAAUGAAUCUGCUAUUUUUUCUUUCCUAUUCUGUUGUGUAUGGAAGCUGUAUUUAUGCUUUUGGUGGUUGUUGAAUCAACCAUAAACUUUUAAGUUAACUAUUGCAGGUUAUGUAAUGAUUCGUAUUAUUUGUGUACUUUGACUCUGAUGUUCAAUAUAAAGUAAACUUAUUA